AUCCAUCCCUUGCGCCGGUGAGAGAGGUGAAGCCACCGUGUCCUCCAGAUGCGUGUGGACCCCAGAUGCUGGUGGAGAUUGUGUAAAGCUUGCCAAAGUUCGCUGUGCUCUGCCACUUUUCUUAGGAAAAUGCAUUUCAAAACCAUAGUGCUCUGUGCAUUUCUAGAAUUUAAGCUCUUUUAGACAACAGAGAUAAAAGACAAAAAUAACUGCCAAUUGCUAUCAUUUUUAAAGCUCCUGUUUUGCACUGGGCACCGUGCUGGGACUGUCGCAGUUAAUUCUCUAAAAUCGGAGGGCGCGGUCAGAAGACCCGGGAGCGUGGACCCGGCCGCCAUCUCCACUCACCGCCGGGACUCUGUCUGGUCUCUGGCGGUACCGGGCCUCUCCACGUGGGUCCCUAACCGGUCUCUCGGACCCUCGCAGGCUGCUCUCCCCAGGGCUGAGGGAGGGGUGGAGAAGGCUGCAGACGAGCGGUGUGUCUGCGAUUUGCUUCAGAGUAAUCUAUUGGCAGAGAGAGUAAGGUAGGAGUAGAGGAACCGAGACCCGUCGUAAGUCGAUCCUUGUUGAAGCUGUUUGGUGGGUACAUAAGGGUUCAUAAUUCUGUUCUUUCCACUUUUUAUUGUUUGAAAAUUUCUAUAAUAGAAAACUUUAAUUCCCUCCAUCUAGAAUUGGACCUCUUCUUGCUGUCUGCAUUGCCGCCAGCGUGGUCCACUGGGUUCUCUCGGUGGGGUCCUAGCCCAUCCCCCCUGCGUCCGCCCUGGUCUCCUGCAGGGUCCUCUCAAUUCUGCAUCCAGAACGAGUCACUCCUCAGAAUCCCCCAGAGGCUUCUCCCCUCCCCCAGUAAGAGCCAAAGUUCUCUCCAGUGGUUUUCAAGCGCUGAUGAAGCAGACGGCCUCAGUUCUCCUGCCGCGGCCCGCGUGCUGUGCCGCCACGUUGGCCUCCGUGCCUCAGUUGCUCCUGGCCGGUGCCGGCGCUCCUGCCUCAAGGCUUCUGCACUCGCCAUUUGUCUGCCUGGAGCACUUCCCCCUGGGACCCGCCUAGUUCCUCCUUCUCCACCUUCGUUUCUGUAUUUAGAUGUCAUGUUCUCUGUGCAGACUUCCCAGGUCAUUCUGUUUAAAAUUGUAACACCCUGCCCGCAGUGCGAUCCACAUCGUCCAGUGCAUUUCACUCCCCGGUCUGUCACGUCGCCCCACGGGGAUUUAAGCUCCACAGAGGCAGGGACUCGGGAUACACUUCAGCAUGACUGGUGCGAGGCAGGUGCUGGGUAAAUAUUCGUGGAGGAAUAGGUCUCCAUUUUACAAAGUAAAAUAAAACAAAACCUUAGGAAUUUCUGACUUGUUCCACACCAUAGAGGUAGGGUUAUCCGUGUACAUUUUGAGACCCGCACGUUGCCGUGUGCAAUGCGGGGUGCCUGGUAGGUCUUCAGAGAGCAGUUUGUGGGGGAGCCUCAGUGUGCCCUAGAGCCGGUGGCUGCACUCCCCACUCCGCUGGGUGCUGCCCAGGUCAUCGAGGUCAUGACGGGAAUCAGCAGGUCUAGAAAGCGUGCUUUCUCUGUGCUUUGUUUUGAGGUGGAUGGAACCCCCUCUAGGACACUGUCUGAGUGUCUCCAUCGGGACAGCAGGCCCCUCUAGAUCACAGCUCUGCACAGAGGUGGGCACUCGGCCGUUGCUGCUGCUCUGGGCUUCGCCUCCCGUGAUCUUUUUCUCUGAGAAUUCACUUUUUCAAAUCUAGUACAAGUGUUGGUAUUCAGAGUGGAAGAGGCCACCCCAUUGAAGUGACUUCCCUGGUUUAGGCAGGAGGGGCCCUCACCCGUGUAUGAACAGACUGCCUCUCCUGGGCCGCCGGAGCAGAUUCGAGGUGAGGAGAAGAGGAGGAUUCUCUGACCUGUCUGACUUCGGUGUGAAGAUCACAAAUGUCGUCAAAUGACGGGAGAUCCAGGAAUCGGGACAGACGGUACGAUGAGGUCCCGAGGGACUUGCCCUAUCAGGAUGGCACCGUGAGAACCCUCCAGUCUCUUCAUGAUAGCGAGCUGGCCAACAGCGCUGAUCCCCUGCCACCACCGCCUCUCCCGUUACAGCCGCCGUUUGGCCCAGCCUUCUGUUCAAGUGACACAGAGGAACCGGCCAUAGCGCCAGAUCUCAAACCCGUGAGGCGCUUUGUCCCCGAGUCCUGGAAGAACUUCUUCAGAGGGAAGAAAAAGGACCCCGAAUGGGAGAAGCCGGUGUCUGACAUCAGAUACAUCUCCGAUGGAGUGGAGUGUUCCCCGCCGACCUCUCCAGCGAGACCGGACCCCCACUCAGCGCCCAGCUCCUGCAGAGGUCCUUACACAGGGUUGGACGGAGCAUCCGGUCCCCUGAGAGAGGCCGAGGCGAUGUUCCCCCAGGAGGCCUGCGGGUCUCUGGGCCGCCACACGCAGUCGGCGCUGACCUACAGUGAGCGGGUGGCCGAGUACCACCUGAGAUACUCGUACAUGAAGUCCUGGGCCGGCCUGCUGAGGAUUCUGGGCAUGGCGGAGCUGCUCCUGGGGGCCGGCGUCUUCGCCUGUGUCACCGCGUACAUUCACAAGGACAGCGAGUGGUACAACCUGUUCGGAUACUCGCAGCCCUAUGGCGUGGGGGGCGUCGGCAGCCUGGGCAGCAUGUAUGGAGGCUCUUACUACACUGGCCCCAAAACCCCUUUCGUGCUUGUGGUUGCGGGAUUAGCGUGGGUCACCACCCUCAUCAUUCUGGUUCUGGGCAUGUCCAUGUAUUAUCGGACCAUUCUUUUGGACUCCAACUGGUGGCCCCUAACUGAAUUUGGAAUUAACGUGGCCUUGUUUAUUUUGUAUAUGGCCGCGGCCAUAGUCUAUGUGAACGACACCAACCGAGGGGGCCUGUGCUACUACCCGCUCUUUAACACGCCCGUGAACGCAGGGUUCUGCCGGGUCGAGGGAGGACAGAUCGCGGCAAUGAUCUUCCUGUUUGUCACCAUGAUGGUUUAUCUCAUCGGUGCGCUAGUUUGCCUCAAGUUAUGGAGGCACGAGGCAGCUCGGAGGCAUCGGGAAUGCGCAGAACAACAGGAGAUAAGUGAGCCAUCAUUGCCAUCGAAAAGGAAAAUGUGGGAAAUGACCACCGGUGAUGAUAGACGGAGGGACCAAGAAGUUAAUUUCAAAGACUUGAGAGCAACAACAAUGAAACCUGAGCUGCUAAGCGGCCACAUCCCCCCGGGCCACAUCCCCAAGCCCAUCAUGAUGCCCGACUAUGUGGCAAAAUACCCCGUGAUUCACACGGACGAUGAACGGGAAUGCUACAAAGCCGUGUUCCAGGACCAGUUCUCGGAGUACAAGGAGCUCUCUGCGGAAGUCCAGGCCGUGCUCAGGAAGCUCGACGAGCUGGACGCCCUCAUGAGCAGGCUGCCCCGUCGUGCGGAGAACCAGCAGGAACAUGAGAGAAUUUCGAGAAUCCACGAAGAGUUUAAGAAAAAAAAGAAUGACCCUACAUUUCUGGAGAAAAAGGAACGCUGUGAUUAUCUGAAGAAUAAACUUUCUCACAUAAAGCAAAGAAUUCAAGAAUACGAUAAGAUAAUGAAUUGGGAUGUCCAAGCUUAUUCUUAAACCUUGUUUGAAACCACUUUUUUAUACGAGACUCCAUAUUUAUGUCCCUUCUUUUCCGUGCUAGGCCCUGGGAUGGAGGAGCUAGUGCUUCUGGAAUCCGCUCUGAUGGGGUAGCUGGUGUGCUGUGUUCAGACAUUUCAGAACACAUUCCGACGUCCUAAGAAUGGGAGGAAUCCCGCAGUUGGCUCUGCACAGUUUCAUCUGUCUCGUUAAAGAUGAACGUGAUUGAGAGGCCACAUCCUCGAGGCGUGACGAGCAAGUGGACUGUCGCUUCUGGUGCUGCUUUCUCCUUUUUCACUCAGGCGGUUCCUAGGAUUUUUCUAGGCCGAAUUUCUCUCCCUAGCCAAAAGCGUCAUUUCUUCCCUUGAAAGGGGUUUGAAUCCGAAAUCAGCACUUUCCAGCCUCGUGACCUUGGGCAGCUGCCUCGUCUCCCUGUGCCUCUCUCCUCCGUGAAACCGGCUGAUCGUAGCUACCUCGUGGGGUUGUGAGGAGGAUGACGUGAGGUAAGACUCGUAAAGCACUUGAACAGAGCCUGGCUCGUUACGAGCACUGCGUGAGUGUCUGUGAGACGUACAGAAGUGUUUGUGAGAUGAACACCAUCAGAGAGAGCUCGAGGAAAGGCCAGCCCUUCCCGAGCAAGCCCACCCAGCGAACCGACGAGCCAGGCGUCUCGGACUUCUUCUUUGUGCUGUUCAUGACUCCUGCCACACGGAGCCAUAGGCUGAUGCUUCCCCAUGGUUCUGUGCCCACGGGGGUCCAAGGCAGCCCUGCUUCCUUCAGUCAGUGUCGCUGUGCGCCUGCCUCCAAGUCCCCCGGCCAGCCGGUCCUGCACACACCCGGCGGGAGGGUGGUGUGAGUUUGCGGCCUUUUCGGUCCAUCCUAGGCCCUGUGAUGUUACAGUUACUUAGAAUCUGCCUUCGAUUUAUUGGGAUGCUUCAUCCCCCCAAGAAUUAUCUUGGCUUUGGGGCUAUAUUCGUGAGAAAUGUUUUAUUUUUAUUAGUAUGAACAAUAGACUGCCUAAAAAAAUUGUUUUUAAAAAAUCAUUGUUAUACGAUCCUAUUCAGCAUCAUCUAUCUCGUUGAUAAUGUCUCAGGUGUAGAAAUACAGUUUCUCCUUAAUAUAACUGCCAUUCAGUCAAUUAAUGUUCAUAGAAUUUUCUAGAGUGAUGAAACCAUAGAAAAGCAUGUGGAAAAGCAGAGGCUUAAAAAGUGUUGUUACCAAAUGAAUGUCCUAGUUUUUCUUUGUCAAUGAAAUUUUGUUUAGUGUUUAUUGUUAAUAUUUUAAUUCCUUGGUUCAGAGCGUAGGGCCCAAGAGUCUUAAGAGGCGACACCUAGGGAAGCGAGGCCCCUCUGGAAGCUGGAACAGCUUCACUUGCUGUCCCCACGUGAACAUUUCACUUAAGAAGAACGCCAAUCUUAAAAGAAACAGAUGAAAUAAUACCAUUUUGGUAGACUGUAAAAAGUUAGAUUAAUAUUGAAAUGAAGUAUUAAGGAAAUUUGACUUUUUGAAACUUUAUUUUACUACAGUCAUAAAUGUGGAUCUUUGAAGACCAAGGUUGUAACGCUGAUUUCAGUGUUGACGUUUCAGUUACUGUAGUUGUGUGUGUGUGUUUAUUGUCUGCAUUUCUAGCAUUCCCUAGAAUGGGCGUGUUCUUGAAAUAGUUUCCAUUUAUCAGAAAAUAAACUGGAAGUCAUUGAAAACCUGUA